AUGGCUCAAAAACCACUUCGCGACUGGGUUUACCUGGUCAUGAUCAUCCCUCAACUCAUUGGCAUGAUUGAAUUCUACCCAGAAUCUCUCUACGUCUCCCCCAAAGCCCCCCUGCACUUCCUCACAGUCAUCCGCAACACCUACAUCUCCUUCUCAGGCGAUCCCUUUUACGGCUCAGCUUUUACUGGCGAGUGGCUUCACAGCAUGUACUACAUCGAAUUCCUUGUUCAGUUUCCACUUGCUGCGUACAUCAUCUGGAACAUGGCGUCCAAGAAGCCUACUUCUGGCCCUACCGAGCUUGCGGGGUUGGUUUUUGCGUGUUUGACUGCCAUGGGCUCUGUCGCCUGUGUCGCUGAGCUUUUGGCUAUGGGACCGGAAAUGGUGAAUGAUCAGCAAAAGUUGACUUUGGCCUGGGGCACGUAUUUCCCUUAUGCUCUUCUACCGGGUAUCAUGGCUGUGGAUAUGUACAUGAGGUUGUUGCGACGCGCGAGCAAUGAUACCAAGUCCAAGACACAGUAA